GAGAAUGAGUCAACGUCAAGAGUCAUAGUUGACCUGGCCUAACGACUCCUGACGGUCAGUCCAGGGCUUAGUCAGCGGGGGCCGGAGUGGCUUCCCUGGCUGGCACCUGGACUUGGGCUGUUUCCGUUCACGUUAAAGCAGAACAGUGGAAGCGAGAGGACACAACUUGCAAAUCAUUUUUACUUCCACGCAAGAUUUAACUCUAAGGUCUUAAUUUCAGGAGUUGGAACAGGAAAAGCUGUCGGGUGCACUCCCCCUCCCCCAACCUAUGGCAAGUGGGUACUGUGGGCGGUGCCGCCACCCGGUUCGCAGUGAUGGCGUUGAGUGACCACCAGUGUUAGCGGAGCCAAGGGACCGGGGAGGGUUGACUGCUCACACAACUAUCCUCCAUCGCCAACUCUUUGUAAAACUAAGAGAAAAUGGUGAGAAGUCAAAAGAAAAUUAAAUAGGCACACAGGCAACUCGUCCUAGGACCUCAACUAAGCAAAUGAAGCCUUAUUGAGCGUGCUGAGCCUUCCCAAUCUUCCAAGGAACAUGGGAGGACAGGGCGACAAAGGGCACAGGAGGCAUGCCUGGCAGAGCGGUUGUGCGAUCAGAUCGAUCUAAGAUGGCGACUGUGGAACCGGAAACCACCCCUACUCCGAAUCCCCCGCCUACAGAGGAAGAGAAAACAGAAUCUAAUCAGGAGGUUGCUAACCCAGAACACUAUAUUAAACACCCUUUACAGAACAGAUGGGCACUCUGGUUUUUUAAAAAUGAUAAAAGCAAAACUUGGCAAGCAAACCUUCGAUUGAUCUCUAAGUUUGAUACUGUUGAAGACUUUUGGGCUCUUUACAACCAUAUCCAGUUGUCUAGUAAUUUAAUGCCUGGCUGUGACUACUCACUUUUUAAGGAUGGUAUUGAGCCUAUGUGGGAAGAUGAGAAAAACAAACGAGGAGGACGAUGGCUAAUUACACUGAACAAACAGCAGAGACGAAGUGACCUCGAUCGUUUUUGGCUAGAGACACUGCUGUGCCUUAUUGGAGAAUCUUUUGAUGACUACAGUGAUGAUGUAUGUGGAGCUGUUGUUAACGUUAGAGCUAAAGGUGAUAAAAUAGCAAUAUGGACUACUGAAUGUGAAAACAGAGAAGCUGUUACACAUAUAGGGAGGGUAUACAAGGAAAGGUUAGGACUUCCUCCAAAGAUAGUGAUUGGUUAUCAGUCCCAUGCAGACACAGCUACUAAGAGCGGCUCCACCACUAAAAAUAGGUUUGUUGUUUAAGAAGACACCUUCUGAGUAUUCUCAUAGGAGACUGCGUCAAGCAAUCGAGAUUUGGGAGCUGAACCAAAGCCUCUUCAAAAGCAGAGUGGACUGCAUUUAAAUUUUAUUUCCAUCCAAAUGUUGCUAAGAUAUAAGAGAAGUCUCAUUCACCUUUGUCUUGUACUUCUGUGUUCAUAUUUUAUUUUUUUUUUUUUGGCUAGAGUGUCCAUUAUCCCAAUCAAAGAAUUACAAUACACAUCAUCCCCAGAAUCCAUAAAUGUGUUCCUGGCCCACUCUGUAAUAGCUUAAUAGAAAUAACCAUUACAAACACAUUUGACCCAUCUACAAUAUUAAAAAAAGAAGAACUUGCAUUUCUAUACCUUACAAGAGAAUGAUUUUGUUUACGUUCCAUUGUAUGCAGGAGCAUAUUUUGCUGGUUUGAAAGAGUAUGAUGCAUACAGUUUUCUGGCAAUUUUCUUUGUUUCUUUUUACAGCAUUAUCUGUGCUGUACUCUUGCUGAUGGCUGCUAGAUUUUAAUUUAUUUGUUUCCCUACUUGAUAACAUUAGUGAUUCUGAUUUCAGUUUUUCAUUUGUUUUGCUUUAGUUUUUCUUUCUCAUGUAACAUUGGUGAAGGAUCCAGGAAUAUGACACAAAGGUGGAAUAAACAUUAAUUUUGUGCAUUCUUUGGUAAUUUUUUUUUUGUAACUUAAACUACAAUGCUUUGCUACAAAUUUAUGCAUUUCAUUCAAAUCAGUGAUCUAUGUUUGUGUGAUUUCCUAAACUUAAUUGUGGAUUAUAAAAAAAUGUAACAUCAUAAUUACAUUCCUAAUUAGAAUUAGUAUGUCUGUUUUUGUAUCUUUAUGCUGUAUUUUAACACUUUGUAUUACUUAGGUUAUUUUGCUUUGGUUAAAAAAUUGGCUCAAGUAGAAAAGCGGUCCCAUUCAUAUUAAGACAGUGUACAAAACUGUAAAUAAAAUGUGUACAGUGAAUUGUCUUUUAGACAACUAGAAUUGUCCUUUUAUUUCUCCAUCUCUGUAGAAGGAAUUUGUAUUUCUUAUUGCAAGGCAGUCUCUAUUGUGUCUUCUCUUGUAGUGUCUUCCACAUGAACAGCAAAAGUUUGGAGCAUUAGUUUGGUUAUUUUGUUUAAUUUUUAAUAAAUUGAAUAGGUAGCAUCAUAUAUAUGAAAUUAAAUUGAUGUGGCUUUUUUUUUUUAAUAAGGCGCAGUCCUUUAGUCUUAGGUAAAUAAUGUACUCUUAAUAUGUUAAAAAUCAUGAAAAUUGCGACCUUGAUGCAUCACCAUUUAAUUGGUAGGGAUAGUAGUUAUAAAACUUGGUUGUUAAAUUGAGAUGUUCUUUAAAUGUCAAAAUAAUAGCAUAGGGAAAGACUUGUAGGUGAUGGGGGUGUAUGCAUUAAGAACUUUGUUAGUGUUGCUGUCUAAGGAGAAUUGGAAUAAACAGGUUAUGAAGACUCAUAUUUUUAAUGAUAACUGGUGUAUGGCUUUAUGUAAAAUUGAAAACUUGAUCUACCCUUUAAGUGAAUUUGAAAACAGCUUGUCUGUAAUGCAUAAUUGUAUAUUUCAGAUUCGAUAAAAUGAAAUAUAACUAUUGUAGACAGAAGAGUGAGCUUGAACUGUAGGUAGAAUAACCAUUAGUUGAGAGGAAAUUUUGUCUCUAGAUGGUGAUUAUGAAUUAACUGGUAAGUUUGACAAAAAUCCUAUGUAAAAUAAACGUGAAAUUUAUAGUACUGAGAAUUUGAAACCGUUUAAAGGGUACCACAAGCUACCAUCUGAGUACUCUCAAUACCACAAACACCACUUGUUCAGUAUUCUAUAAAUACUGUGUCUUAUAUAUUUAUAAUCUCAAUAUAUAUACCUAAUAAUAUCUUGUUUAAAUCUGGGUGAUUGGUUAAGGUGAUUUAUUGUCUUUUGGUAUAUGUAGUUGUGAGCACUUCAAGAGCUUGCUUAAAAGUAACAGUGGUAGUGUUAGUAUGUUGGCAGUGGGUGACAUUGGAGGAAUGUAUCAGAAAUCAGUGCUUUAUUCUAGGAUGCAGUCCUUUUUAAGAGGUAUCAGCCUUUGAGAGUAGAGAAGAAAUAAUGCAUUAAAUGUACACAGUUCUAAAUUGUUAAGAAUCCUAAUUUAUGGCAUUUUAUUAUCCUCCUCAUUAUCAGCUGAGAACCACAGUUGGUUUUAAGUCUUUUUUUUCCAGUAUGGGUGGAAUGAUUCUGAGUGUCUUUUGGCAAAUAUCACUUAAAUACCACAAUAACUUUCAAAGUUUAUAACUAUUAGCAUCUUUUCUAAAUAUGAUUAGAUUAUGCAUGAUUUUCUAAUUUAGUUUUUCCUUUUUGUUCAACAGGAUAUUAUAGCUUAAAUAUAUUUUCAUAAUAGAUUAUUAAAACAAUCUUUAAUGAAUAAUUAGUAUUUCAUCAUAAGGAUAUGCCAUAUUUCAUUUAACCAAUUUAACUGUUAAAAUUCUAGUUCUUCAGAAGGAUUUGAGUUAUACUAUGAAAGAAUCAAAAAGUUAAAAAUCCUUACUUCGUACUUACUAUGUGCCAGGCAGUGUUCUAAGCACUUCAUAUGCACUUUAACCUGCACAAUAAUCCUUUGAUGUAGGUGCUCUUACCCCCUUUUUACAGAUGAAGAAACAGUGAGGAUUUAAGUCACUUAGUAUGGAUUUGAGUCCUGGAAAUUUUGUUCCAGAAAUUCUGUAAAGCACAUGAUACGGUCUCAGAGGUAUGGAGCCUACCUCAUGGGCUACAGUAAAUUGUACCAGAUUGUAGUCAGUUUAUAUAGGUCAGAACAUUUUAAAUUUUACCUUCUUUGUAAUGAAACAUAUAAGAGAUGGGGAGUCUCCUGAGGGUACUCUGUUCACACUCAGCUAAUUAUUUGGCUUUUUUUCCUGAGAACAUGGAGACAAAGGUACAGGAGUUUAGAGGUACAUGGAUCAAGUGAAUAUUUUCAUAUCCGGUUUUAAGUAUCUAUGUCCUGUUAUCUUCUAAGAAAAAUGGCAAAAUAAAGCAAAGUUUUCAAGUUGAGAUUCUUAAAUGCUGAAGUUUGCAUUCAAAAGGAUAAUUUUAAUUUACUAAGGCAGUGUGAUAAUGUGAUGUUUUACAUUCUAAAAUUAAAACAAGUUAAUGACAA